AUGGCAAAGACAAUGUUGGUUGUGUUUCUUAGUGCUCUUUUGAUUUGUACAUCUUUUACUCAAGAUGUUGAGGCUAAAAAAUUUAUCGGUUAUGGAGCAAUUGGACGUGACAGAGGUGUUGGAUGCAGCCCAAGAACCCCUGAACUUUGCAAAUUACAUCCAGCUAAUCCAUAUCGCAGAGGUUGUGAGGCAGAAAUGAGGUGUCGCGGAGGUCCAUCGGCCGAAAAGGAGGAGGAAGAAGAAGUAGAAGAAGAUCCAGAUCAUUCUCAUAUUCUAAUUCCAGACUUACCAAGAAAAAUGCUUCCUUGA